GAACUGGUAAACUCAUAUCUGACCGCUCAGUGAAGAUCGUGUAUUAUUAGAUCGAAGGCAGACUUGGUUGUUGUUUCAGUGGAUAUAAUGUGGUACAAAAAAUAUGCUGUGAUUUUAGUGAUAGUUGUGGGAAUUUCACAAGUUGAAGGACAACGUGGUAGAUCAUGCCGCACCCCAAAUGGCCAAUCAGCGACUUGUACGUCUAUUUACAACUGCGAAAUACUCCUAAACGUCAUCCAAACAAGAGACGAAGUUCAACUAAAAUUUUUAAGAAAGUCCCAAUGUGGAUACGAUAGCGAUCCUCUAGUGUGCUGUGGAACUCACGCCAAUUAUGCUAAAACACAGUCUACUAUCGAAGGAAGAAGACUGAUUGGGAGUGGGGGACAGAGAAAUACUCAGUUCACGAGGAAUUCACUCAUUCCAAGUAGAGCUUCCUGCGGUUUCCAGGAAACUAAUAAAAUUUUUGAUGGCGUAGAUACCGCUUUAGAUGAAUUUCCAUGGAUGGUUCUUCUUCAAUACACAAAUUCUUCAGGAUACCCUCGAUGGUCUUGUGCAGGAACUUUGAUCUCUGACAGAUAUGUUCUUACUGCAGCACAUUGUGUUACUGGAGAAAUCUUACGGAAAGUAGGAACAUUGAGUUUAGCCAGAUUGGGAGAGUACAACACAGAAACAGUCAUCGACUGCAAAUCACCAAGAAACUGUAACCAACGACCAGUUGAUGCUGGUAUUGAUGAAGCUAUCCCCCAUCCAAAUUAUGAUAACAACAACAAUAACCGAUACGACGAUAUUGCAUUGAUAAGGCUCAGUAGAAGGGUUACUUAUACAAGUGAGUACACGUGAAAGCAUGAAGAGACC